CCGUCCAUAUUUCAACUAUUAGUUUUAGGAUCACAUUCUAUCUUCAAAAAUGAUGCCAGCCACUGUGUAAGGCGUAUACAUUUACUUGUAAUCAUCGGGCUGGUGCAAGCUUCCAGAUAUUCAUUACCAAAACAUGCAGAGUCUAUAUGCCGGCGCUCCACGCGACGCUGUGGUCCCAACCUCUGCUCCAGCGUCUCGGUAAUUCUUCGGGGAAAGCAAAUUUACUUCGCGGCAAAGUUGAAGCAUGUCUGAGGAUUACUACUGAACUUACGUAUUAUGAACACUGACUGGCUGGCUGCCUUCCAAUCCACAAUUACAAGAUAUGUACCUGAGUAAUUAAUGAAAACAUGAACACAUUUUGAAUAUUAUUUCAUAUUAUCAUGCAUGUAUCUUCUUCCGUUGUCGCUAGAGAGGAGCCUCAUUGCGAGAAAAAUCCCCACUAUUUGCCUCACUGCAUCACCACAACUAAUUUUCGUAAUGUUUGCUGAAACGUUCGAACUGCUGAGUGCCAUUUCUCAACAGCAACAUUGGCGCUCUCCGCAGAGCUCGUGCUUGCUGAAUCUCGUGUGCAUCGCGACAGCGGUGUUGUGGCAUCACCUUCGACGCUGCCAAGACAUCCGAAUGCCUCCAGAUCCCGAGUACGACUACAUCGUCGUUGGAGCCGGGACAGCCGGUUCCGUGCUGGCUCGGAGGCUUCUGGACGGCGCUGUGGGGCCGGAUGGUAGUCCGGCGCAAGUUCUGCUUGUAGAAGCUGGCCGCGGCGAAGCUCCUUGGUACGCCUCUGUACCGCUGCUGUCUCUGGCGCUACAGGCGACCUCCAUUGACUGGAACUUCGUGACGGCGCCUCAGAAAGACGCUCUACAGUGCUACUACAACCAGAGUUUGCGGUGGCCCCGUGGAAAAGCAUUAGGCGGCAGCUCCAACCUCUACUGCAUGAUCCACUCCAGACCCACCACUGAGGAUUGGGAAGAGUGGAAUCGGCGCUGCCAGACGUGCGGAUUCCCGGCUGAACGCGUGGCCGCUCUCUACCGCAAGCUGGAGUUCCCAGUCGGUGACGGGCACGCGGACAGGACGCCCGACGCGAGAAUUCCGGUGACGGACAACGCCUGCAGCACCUCGGAGAUUUGCUCGGCGCUAAGGCAAGCGGCUGGACACAUAGGGCUCGGCCUCGAGAAGAAAGAAAAUCAGAUGCAACAAAGCAAUUUGUACAAGGGCAGAAAGUGGACCACAUAUGAUCUAUACAUUAAGCCUGUUCUAAGUAACUCAAGGUUGAGGAUUAUGACUGGGGCGCAUGUAAGCAAGGUGCUCUUCGAAAAUACUACGGCAGUCGGUGUCGAAGUCAUUUCUUACGGCAUAGUUUACCACGUGGCUGCUAAACGUGAAGUCAUCAUUUCAUCAGGCGCGGUCGGAUCACCUCAUAUUCUUUUGUUGUCCGGUAUUGGAUCAAGAGAUAUUUUGGACAAAUUCCGGAUACCGGUUAUUAAUGAACUUCCAGGAGUAGGAAGCAACCUUCAAGAACACGUUACUGUACCCAUAUACGUCAAUCUAAAAGCUCCCGUCAGCAUCAAUGAAUAUAAAAUAAAGAGUUUAUGGCAAAUCUGGAAGUAUAUCUGGGGUGAAGGUCACCUUGCCUCCAGUGCUGUUGCAUCUGUUCUCAGAACAAACGUCAAAGAUCGUCACCUUCAAGCAAUGUUUCUAGCUAUGAAUUUUGGUUCCUUCCGAGAAGACGUACUCGCAAGAAUUUCUAAUCUAAAGAAGGAGGAUAUGGACGCUUUGUUCCCAGACAUUGGGAAGGAUGACAAAGAAGGAUUUUUGCUGCUGGCCACCUGCCUUCACCCAAAGUCGAAGGGUCGCAUUUCCUUAAACACAGGCAACGCUCUUGACCCGCCGAACAUUGACCCACUGUUUUUCAACGAUCCUCACGACAUUCACUGCGUGACUAAUGCAAUGAAAACAGCUCUCGCGUUGGUGUCCGACAAGGCCAUGUAUCACCUGGGAGCAUCGGCGCAUUUACCUAAACUCCACUACUGCAAUCAUUUGGAGGUAUCCGCAGAUAACAGCGAUUUUCUAGAGUGCUGGGCUCGAGCUGCAGCGGGAUCCCUCCACCAUCCGGUGGGAACGGCAGCCAUGGGUGACUCGUCGGACCCGUCAGCGGUGGUUGAUGGCCACUUCAGGGUCAGAGGCAUGGAGAGAUUACGUGUCGUCGAUGCUUCGGUCAUACCAUUUGCAUUGUCAAGUACGCCACAUUCUGUUGUGAUGCUGCUAGCAGAGCGAGCCGCCGAAAUUAUAAGCAGCUCUUAAAACAGGUGCUGUAAGAGCUGGAGAAAGAUUGGAAUCAGAACUGGCCACAAAAAGUGCAAAAGCAGCCGACCCCACACUUCGUAUGGAGCAGGAACUUCCCCAUUACAGAGGAUUUCUCUGUCAGACAGCCCAA